AUGGGUAUCUCAGCUUGUUUUGUUAGAGUUGUUGUUGUCGUCUUAAUUGUUCUUCUUGUUAGUGAUAUAGAGCAGACAUCUGGUAUGGUUGGCAGGCGAUUGCUUGGUGCAGGUGCAGGUUCCGGCGGCGGAAGUGGUGGUAGGGAAUUGAUUUCUGUCCGUGCAAGUUUCCGCAGUGCUAUGCCGCCUACCCAUGGAAGGUUCGGUGGUUGCGCUAAUGCUACAAGUGUAGGUGUCGGUGUUAGUGCAGGUGCAGGUUCCGACGGUGGAAGUGGUGGUAGGGAAUUAAUUUCUGUCCGUGCAAGUUUCCGUAGUGCUAUGCCGCCUACACGUGGAAGGUUUGGUAGUUCCGUUAAUACUACAAGUGUAGGUAUCGGUGUGCGUGCAGGUGGAAGUUUUGGUGGUUCCGAUAAUGCUACAAGUAUAGGUGUCGGUGUUAGUGUAGGUGAAGGUUUCGGUGCUAAUGCAGGUGUAAGUUCCAGUGCUGCUGGUAUGGGUCAGAAUUCGACCUCACGAUAA